AUGGUUCGUAGCAUACCUCACAAAAGCCCAGCUAAAUUUACCGAACAGAUUGUUGGAGUUUUGCCUAAGUCCAGCCUCGAAAUCGAGUGCGAAGCGAGAGUUUUAUCCCGAGUAAAUCCAGCUGAUAAACUCGACUACCAGUUACAUGGAUUUGCUCGCUCACUCAAAAAUACAUCUUCAGUUUCUUCCUACUAUAACCGAGUGAUGUUGGCUUGGCUUUCCUUCGUUCUGUUGUGUUCGCUGAUCUCUGCUCGUGAACUCCGAUACGCCGGUACUUCAACAUUGCGAGAUGUCCGAGCAAUUGCACCGUCCUACUCUUCGUGGUGCAUCUUCUAUCCAGAGAGAUGUCGAUUACUAAACACAGCACAGGGUAUAGCCGGUUAUCAUGAAAGCUCCGUUUGA